AUGGCACCUGUUGGCUCGCUCCCCACAGAUGACACCGCGGUGAAUGUCACGGCGUUGCACAGCAGUUCAGCGGGGGUUCGCUUGGCGGCCGUGAAAGCAUUGCUUGAGGAUGGCAAGUUGACACCUUUGACACCUUUCGCAGAUCAAAUCCUGCCACUCGUGGCUGACUCUGAUCCUGAGGAGACGGGUGGAAGGGUUCGGCAGCUUGCGGAUGAGUUGGUGACCCAGAUGGGAUUUCGCCGGGAGACCUUGACGGCAGAGCGUGAAGAGCGAAACCAAUCGCUGAAGUGUGGUGCCACCUGGAAAUGUCUCUGUGUGCCGGGUUUUGGAGUAGAAGCCUUGCCCAGCACUCCUCUUACCCCGCCAUGGGCCAUCAGCGCCGUGGCUGAUGAUUUUGACACCUGCAGUGCUCCGGCGAGCCCGUUCUACAGCCCCGCCUGGCGGGUGGCCAAAUCGGCCCGACGUUGUUCCCAUCCCAAAGAUCCCAGGGCAGUGAUUCCCUUGGAGGAUUUGUGCUGUGAAUCCAAACAGCACUGGCGGGUAAGGGAUGCCUUGGCUUUCACACCAAAAGCGUUGCAAGGCGAUGUCCUGGUGCGCUUGUUGAAGGACACAGAUCCUGGACUGCGGGAGAGUGUGCUGCUGGCACUUCGAAGGCUGGUGCCCAUCUACUGGGUGAGGCAUGCAGACGCUGUGUCUGCAACACUGGCCGAUGCGAGGCCACAGGUCCGUGUGGCUGCUCUGGUGGCUCUCUUUCAUCUGGAUGCCAGCGAUCUGGACUUCCAGGUUCCUCGCAUUGUGGCAGCAUUGCGCGAUGAGCUUUGGCCUGUGCGUGAGGCAGCGCUCCAGACGCUACGGAAGCUGCGCCCAGAACAGCUGCAGCGCCUGUCUCGCGAGGUGUUGCGUUGCAAGCUGGAUCCCAGCCUGAGAGUUCGCUCUGCUGCACAGCGAGUGCUAGAACGAUUGGCGCCCAAUGUCUUGGCAGAUUUGGCAUGUAGAGGAGACCUUUACGGUGGGGCAGCCGUGAGAAACGCCACGAAACGCUGCGAGGUAAAAGCGCUUGUCAUCGGCAACAACCUAGCUGUCCAUGCGGACUCUUCUACUCCAGGUGCUGAUUUGCUAAGUAUCACCUUGACAGUGGACCAGAACCUGGAUGGUGAUCCCACAGCUGUGGCUGCUCGCGCUAAGGACUGGCAGGAGAAGGUGGCGACUGGAGUCUCGCAGAGGCUGUUGAGCCGUCAGAACUCGACCGCUCGCUUGGGUGCUGCAUUAGAGGAAGGGCAGACUCCGGCGACUCCGCUGCCCUGCAAGACCUUGGCGGUUCUGUGCUGCAUUGCCUUGAUUGAUUGUAUCAAUGCUACCAUUUUGAAUCCCUACGUGGAUGACAUGGUUUCCAUGUUGCUAAAGACGGAGCGCGGGAGUCCGGAUGUGUCUCUGUGGGUCUCCGUAUUGGUGGGCUCCUACUCCCUCUGCGAGGUGAUCUUUUCGGCCAUGUGGGGCAUGCUGGCAGACAAGGUUGGCCGCAGGCCGGUGCUGCUGGUUGGCCUAACCGGAUCAGCAGUGGCGCCCAUCAUUUUUGGCAUGGCUGGGAGUUUGCCUGUGGCCCUUGGAGCUCGGUUGAUGGAUGGCUUCUUCUGUGGGAACAUUGGAGUGGUGAGGACCUACCUGGGCGAGUUGGUGGAUAACUCCAAUGAGGCCAAAGCUUUCGGUAUAUUGGCCGCCACCUUUUCCUUGGGUCUGAUUAUUGGCCCAACGCUUGGGGGAAGCUUGGCAUACCCGGCAAGAUGGUAUCCUGCGACUUUCCAAGGAACAAUCUUUGACACUCAUCCUUUCCUGCUGCCGAACCUUUCUUAUGCAUGUCUGGCUAUUGCAGCUCUCCUCGUAGGAUUCUUCGCCCUACCAGAGAGUCGAGCACGAGUUCAGCAGCAAGCUGCCCUUUUGGCCAGGAGUGGAGCUGAAAGUGAGGAAUUUCAAGCAGUGAAGUUUUGGCAAGGCUUUCCGAAAGGAAGGAAUUUCCGACAGAUUUUGAUUGCCAGCAGCCUCUUGAAUGGAUAUGUGGCUGCGCGCUUGAAUGCCUUUGUCCUGGUCUCUUCGCUACCAGAAACCAUGGGUGGCAUGGCUCUGUCCCCUCACCAAUUCGGAUACAUACAGGUCUGUGCUGCUGCCAUGAUUUUUCUGAAUCAGGCAACUUUUUAUCCCAUCCUUAUGCGCCGAUUUGGGAUGCACCGCUGCUUUGCGCUCUGUUUGAGCUGGACAAUUGCCAUAUCUCUACCGAUUCCGGUUUACUACAUGGUGGCGGACCCGCGCUUUCAUUUUUGGCGCUACGUGCCGAUCACUGCGUGGCAAAUGCUCAGCCAAUUCGGACUUGCCACCUGCUUUCCAGUUGCUGUGAUGCUAGUAAACAGAGAAUGCUCCGUGGAAAAUCGUGGAAGUGUCAAUGGCUGGUGCAACUCGUUGAAUUCGUUGUCCAGAGGUUUGGGACCGCCGCUGGCUGGAGGACUCUUCCGCUUGGGAUGCUACCUGGAAAGCAGCAGCUUUCAGCUGGGUCGAUAUCUCCCCUUCUAUGUCAACAUGAUCACCGCAGUUGUAUGCAUCCGCUUGGUAGCGGCACAAUCAAAGACCGAACCAGCUGAGACUACUGCAGAGUUGCCGUCUGCUUGA